AUGGCAUAUCCGUACUCGGACACUGGUCACGACCACGACACGCAUUCGCAUAGCACUGGCGUAGACAAUCCUUAUGAACACCUAGCACCACUAUCUGCAUCCGCCCGGUCGGUUGGUUUCGCCGCAGACCCUGAUCCGUUUGCCUCUACGCCGUCCCUGCACUCUACGCCGUCCGUCCAAUCCUUGCGCACCGACCCAUUCGCUUCAAGUACAUCGCUGGCGAGCACCAUCACCUCCCGCGAGCAUGAUCUCGGCACACGCGAAGGCGCUACCGAGGAGGAGGAUGACAGCAUUAUGGAGAAGGAGCCUCUGACGAAGAAAUACUCUGUGUCGCUGAGCGACUCGCAGUGGUCUUCGAACAACGCGGGAGAGGACAGCAAUAGCGGCUAUUACCCGCCGACAGAGCAGGACACAUACUCAUUACCGCGCAACCCACGAAAGCGGGCAGAAGCGCGUCGGGAAGGCAUCGAGAGCGGCUGGCGCAGGCGGCAGACGAUCAAGCGUGGCGUGACAAAGAAGGUUAAGCUCACCAAGGGUCACUUCAUCAACGACUACCCGGUCCCGACGGCGGUGUAUACAGGAAUAGAAGGGAAGUGGAGGGACGAUGUGAAGAGCACAGAGUUCUCACAUAUGCGCUAUACCGCCGCCACCUGCGACCCGGACGAGUUCACAGAGGAGAACGGAUGGUCUCUUCGGACGAAGCUUUACAACCGACAGACCGAACUCCUCAUCGCCGUGACGUCUUACAACGAAGACAAGGGUCUAUACUCUCGUACGCUACAUGGCGUCAUGGAGAAUGUACGGGAUAUCUGCCGCACAAAGGCGACGAAGUACUGGAAACGAUCGGCGGAGGAGGGUGUGCCCGGUUGGCAGCGCAUAACCGUAGCACUCGUAGUGGACGGUCUCGACGCCAUGGACAAGACGGUGCUUGAUCUCCUAGCGACUGUGGGCAUCUAUCAGGACGGUGUGAUGAAGAAGAAGGUUGACGGGAAGGAUACCGUGGCACACAUAUUCGAGUAUACCACUCAACUCUCCAUCAACCAGACACCGGAACUCGUUCUACCACGCGGCGAUGACCCGGAGAACCUUGUGCCCGUGCAGUUCGUCCUGAUCCUGAAGGCGCAGAACCAGAAGAAGAUCAACUCCCAUCGCUGGCUCUUCAACGCGCUUGGCGGGAUGCUGCAACCCGAGAUCUGUGUACUUAUUGACGCCGGUACCAAGCCAGGACGUAAGUCGAUCUACCAUCUUUGGGAGGCCUUCUACAACGAUCGCAACCUCGGCGGGUGCUGUGGAGAGAUCCAUGCCAUGUUGGACGGCGGUCGCAAGCUAUUCAACCCCUUGGUCGCCGCGCAGAACUUCGAGUACAAGAUGUCGAACAUCUUGGAUAAGCCACUCGAGAGCUCAUUUGGAUACGUCAGCGUGUUGCCCGGUGCAUUCUCCGCCUACCGGUUCCGCGCCGUGCUGGGCCGACCACUGCAACAGUACUUCCACGGUGACCAGUCCCUGGCGUCGCGUUUGGGAGACAAGGGUGUGCACGGCAUGAACAUCUUCACGAAGAACAUGUUCUUGGCCGAGGAUCGUAUCCUGUGCUUCGAGCUUGUCGCGAAGGCGGGGCAGUGUUGGACGCUUGCAUACGUCAAGCCCAGCAAGGCUGAGACGGAUGUGCCCGAGAGCGCGGCCGAACUCAUCGGCCAACGUCGUCGAUGGUUGAACGGCUCCUUCGCUGCCAGCAUUUACGCUAUUGUACAUUUCUUCAGGUUGUAUCGGUCGCGGCACAACGUCAUUCGCAUGAUGUUCUUCCACGUACAAGCAGUCUACAACAUCCUUACGCUCUUUUUCUCAUGGUUCGCACUUGCUAAUCUGUACCUGGCUUUCACGACUAUCAUCGACCUGGUUCCCGACCUGAAUGUGUCGGUAUUCAACACGAACAACGCGGCAACUUUCGAGUACGUUAACCAGGUCCUGCGCUGGGUGUGGGUCAUGUUCUUGUCCCUACAGUUCAUCCUAGCGCUGGGUAACCGACCAAAGGGAGAAAAGGCGGCGUAUGUUAUCACGUUCUUGGUCUACGCUAUCUUGGCAGCGUACAUGGUGGUUGCAUCCAUCGCGCUGACCAUAGACGGCUUUGUGAAGAUUCCCUCUGAACUUGCGGGGACGCAUGGAUUCGUCGGGUUCAUGAACGAGUUCUUGAAGCCUCCUGUUGGCUCGCUGAUCAUGGCGAGUGUCAGCACGUUCGGCAUCUACUUCCUGUCUUCCCUGAUCUACCGGGAUCCUUGGCAUAUGUUCAGCAGCUUCUUCCAGUACCUCUGCAUCGCGCCCAGCUUUACCAACAUCCUCAACGUCUACGCAUUCUGCAACUUGCACGAUGUCUCCUGGGGUACCAAGGGAAGCGACACCGUCGACGCGCUCCCGGAAGUAUCAUCGAAGAAGGUUAAGAACAAAGCCGACGACAAUCGCGCGACCGCCAUCGUGGAGGACACCUACCGCACGCAGCAAGAUCUUGAUGCUGUGUUCCAGGAGACGUUGCAGCGUGCAGUGACGCCUCUUGAGGAAUCCUACCGCACGGACAAGCCGACGCUGGACGAUCAGAACAAGACGUUCCGUACUCGCCUUGUUGUCGCAUGGAUGCUCACAAACGCGCUCGUUGCGCUUGGUGUCGAGAACGCGGACGGUCUCGUACUGCCGCUGACACAGGCGAGGCUCGCGGUGGUCGCGAAGGAUUGUGGAGACCCGUCUAGGGAUCUCGCGACUUGCUUGAACGAGGAGUUGCUGGGUCAACAAACGGAGCUGUCAACAAGGCAAUCGUACUACUUCUCCUUCAUCCUGUACGGCACGUUCUUCCUAGCGCUCGUGCGCUUCUCCGGAUGCAUGUUCUACUUCUUCAGACGCAAUCUCUUCCGCUGUUGCCGGAGGAAGUGA